UUGAUUCCACCUACCUAUCCCACUUUUUCCUCCUUCCCCUCCUGUGAAGCUUCAAAACUACACACAACGCUCCAACUGUCUCUCUCUCUCUCUCUCAAUAAUAGUCAAAGAGCACAUCCCUAUCUUCAAUCCUCCAAUUCCACUGAAAAAACCAGGUGUGAGUCUUUAUUAGAUUUCUCUUCUCUGGGUUCAUAAGCCUUGUUUGUCUUGAUUUCUCAUAAGAAACAGAAAAAAAUUGAGAGAAACUAGUAAAAGUAGAGGUGGGUUUUGUUGGGUCUUUCUUGUUUGAGGCUCUCUAUCUAGUUUGAGAAAAGGUCUAAUUUUCACAGCCAUGGCUUGUUCAUUGAAGACUGGUCUCUCUGUUUCUGGGUCUAAUCAGACCUUCCCCAGGUCCAAAACCAAAGGGGUUCUGCAGCUUUCUCCUUCUAAUCACUAUCUCCAGUUUACAGACUCACAUUCUAAGGAUUUUCUGGGAAAACCCAUGUUUGUUGCAGAUCACAAGGGUUUAAGAGAUUGGAAUUCCAAACCCUCCUCAAAAUUUGCCAUUCAUGCACAAUCAUCGAUUUGUGUGAGCAAAGCUCUGCGUUGGUGGGAGAAGACACUGAAACCUAAUAUGAUAGAGAUCCAAUCAGCGCAAGAACUUGUAGAUUCAUUGUUGGGUGCUGGUGAUAGAUUGGUUGUAGUUGAUUUCUAUUCCCCUGGUUGUGGAGGUUGCAAAGCUUUGCAUCCUAAGAUCUGUCAACUGGCUGAAUCGAACCCAAAUGUGAUUUUUCUCAAAGUUAACUAUGAAGAGCUCAAGAAAAUGUGCCAUUGUCUCCACAUACAUGUCUUGCCCUUCUUCAGAUUCUACAGAGGUGCUGAGGGCAGGUUGUGCAGCUUCAGCUGCACCAAUGCAACUAUCAAGAAGUUCAAAGAUGCAUUGGCAAAACAUGGGACUGAUAGAUGCAAUCUUGGCCCUACAAAAGGACUUGAUGAGUCUGAGCUAUUGAGUUUAGCCUCAAUCGGUGAGAUAUCUAUAAAUUCACCAUUUUCAUCAACCAAGGAAGAGAAAAUGGAAGACUUGGUUCUGAAAAACAUAGAUUUGAUUGGUGCAUUGGGCAAAGCAAGCAAUGAUAAGAUGGGACUUGAAGAAGAGAAGAAGGGUGCAAUGUUGUUGGCUUGAAAGCUUGAUCCAAGAUUGUUGGAUAUUGGUUAUGGAGUAAAGCAGCUCCAAAUUUCUAUGAUUUUUUGUUUUUAGUAUUUUUGGGGCUUGUUUGUAUAUAUAUGUAUCACUUCUGGGUUUUCCAUAAGCAGGCUUAUGUUUUUUUUUUUUUUUGUGGAUAAGCCCUGCAUGUUUGGUAAAUCUAUGAUUCUGGUGGAUUGGAUAUUUUAUCUCAUCUUUUUAGCUGGAGAUAAUAUUUCAUGACACGUAUCUCUUCUUCUUUCUUUUUUUUUUAAUAUAUAUUUUUUUUGGUGGAUC